AGGAAGAGUGGUGCAGUUGCCCAUAGCAACCAAUCAGAUCGCUGCUUUCAUUUUCCACAGGCUGCAGCACCCCAGACAUCCGGUGCACGGAGCAAACUUCACUCCGUGCCGGAUGACUGGCGAUGUGUGAGCGGAGGCUCGUGACAUCAUGACCAUGCUCCCUCAAUACAAGUCUAUGGGAGGGGGAGUGGGUGUAUGCAAGGCUUAUAUCUCAUUACUGGAGAGGAAUGUGGAGAUAUAAAUGAUCCGGUAAUGUUACAGGAAUUUAGCACUAUUUUUUUUCUACGCUAAACUCCCGUCCUUCUGGCCGGAUUGCCGAAUAGCGGAGUCCAACGGCAAUGUGAACGAGGCCUUAAUGGUUAAUCUGACAUGGUAUGACUCUCCUCCCAGUAAUACUCUUAAGCCUUUUGGGCUUGGUUUCAUCCCAAGCCCAUUAUCCAGACAUUUGCAUUGCUAAACCCAAAGACAUACCUCUGAACCCCAUGUGCAUCUAUCGGAAAGAAGUGGUAGAAGUGGAAGAACAACAGGCAAAGGAGGCUACUCCUGAGAAGAUCCCCGAGAAGAUCCCAGAGAACACCAAUCCUAGGGUCUGGGAACUCUCCAAGGCAAAUUCUAGGUUUGCUAUGGACAUCUUCAAAAUUGUAGCCGACUCCAAGACAAAUGCAGACAACGUCUUUAUGUCACCACUCAGCAUCUCCCAGGCAUUCACCAUGGCGAAGCUUGGGGCUUGUGAUAACACUUUGAAACAGCUUAUGGAGGUUUUCCACUUUGACCAAGUUUCUGAAAAGGCCUCCGAUCAAAUCCAUUUCUUCUUUGCCAAACUGAACUGUCGACUAUACCGAAAAGCUAACAAAUCAUCAGAACUGGUGUCAACCAACCGUCUCUUUGGAGAAAAGUCUUUGACCUUCAAUCAGACGUAUCAAGAUAUCAGUGAAGCUGUUUAUGGAGCUAAACUAUGGCCUCUGAACUUCAAGGAGAAACCUGAACUGUCUCGUGUAAUGAUUAAUGAUUGGGUGGCUAAUAAAACAGAGAAAAAAAUCACUGAGGUGAUCCCAGAAGGUUCCAUUACAGAAGAUACCAUCCUGGUUCUGGUGAACGUCAUAUACUUCAAGGGCUUAUGGAAGUCAAAGUUUGAUGCUAUGAAUACAGCACAGGCAGACUUUCAUGUUCCUGGCAGAAAUGAGCCAUGUGACGUCCCAACUAUGUAUCAGGAGGGCAAGUUCCGCUACGGCUCCUAUAAGGAUGAUGGGGUCCAGGUCCUUGAAAUGCUUUACAAAGGUGACGACAUCUCAAUGGUGUUGGUUCUGCCAUCAGAAGGAACGCCGCUUGAAACAGUGGAGCAGACGCUGUCUCUGGAGAAGUUCUCCGACUGGGUGAACAAAGUUCAAGAAGUCCAGCUAUCCUUGCAUCUCCCUCGCUUCAAGAUCGAAGACAAUUUCAGCGUCAAAGAGAAGUUACAGAAGUUAGGUCUGGUGGACCUGUUUGACCCACAUACUGCACGGCUGCCAGGGAUUGUUUCUGGAGGAAGAGCAGACUUGUUUGUGUCAGAUGCAUUUCACAAAGCAUUUUUAGAGGUCAACGAAGAGGGCAGUGAGGCCGCCGCAAGUUCUGCUGUUGUGCUGGCUGGUCGCUCGUUCAGACCCAACAGGAUCACAUUUAGAGCCAACAAACCCUUCCUGGUCUUCAUCCGAGAAGUAGCUCUCAAUGCUGUAGUAUUCAUGGGCCGAGUUUCCAAUCCUGGAUGCAUCUAACAUUGUAGAAGGACCAAAUUUCAAACCAUGAUUCUGCCUUCUAGCUUUCUUAAAGGCACGCUAUCCUUUGUUUUCACUUGUUUACCUAAUGGAAAUAUUAAUAUUUGACCCUAUAGU